AGUAAAGAUCCUUAGCUUGAGGCUUGCUGUAGCGAGCACGGUUGGCCUAGGUAGCAUGGAUGUUACAAUGCCAAAUGCUGAUAAUGCUUUCCUUUAUCAUUCUGUUAACCAGCAGAGCUCCACAUUCUAACCCGUACAUUGCUUUAAUACGCCGCGAUCCAGUCGUCCAUCAGCGACUCCUUACAGCGAGAUGUUAGUCCAUCCAAAUCCACGUCGGCGCUUCAUCCAUGAAUACCAGCGGACCUAUGCACAGCUCGGAGUCACAGGCAGUCUAGCUACCCACUUGCACAAAUACCUCAAUGAAGACGUCGAACUCCCUCCACCGGCUCGCAAUGCUUUGCAAGCCAACCCCCGCGCAAGGCACCUGAUCCAGCGAACUCAACAGGAUCCCACCAAUGACAGCUCCGCUUCCGGAGCCCUGCCCUGCCCGGCCGCCGCCAACCGCCCCCGAGGAGAUGCGGCUAGCAGCCUCCUCGCCCGCCCUGCCUCCACACCAGCACCCGCAGCUGCUGCUACUGCUGCGGAUGCGCCAACCGCUGCGAACGGCAAUGGCGACAAGAGGAACAGCAGCCGCAGCAGUACGAGCACUGACAGCGAGGAGGGGUGUCAUACGGACAGCGCCUUUGACGAGACCGACGUCUCCAACAGCAUCUACUGCUCCGACCCCGACUGGUCCGACACCCCCGACCUCCCAGCGGACUGGGGCGGGGAGGACAACGACCUCCCCUCAGCAGGCAGCAGCCGGGGAGGAGGUGG